AAUCUGGUCUGUCCUUGCUUCUUGUUCAGCAUUUGUGCUCCAUUUGUGAAUGCAGGGCUGAUUGAGCAAGUUCACAAGCUCUGAAACUUUAUUGAAGACCUCUGUCUGCACACCAAAGUUCAUGAUGGUGAUGCUGAGAAGUCUUCUGCUGUUUUUCUUCUUGUUCUGCAUGGGCAUUGCAGCAGAAAGGAGAUGCCCACGUCAAUGGAGAAGGUCUGGAUCUCGAUGCUUUAGGCUUUUCUCUACAUCAGUGAACUGGGCCACAGCAGAGAAAAAUUGUCAACGUCUUGGUGGGAAUCUUGCCUCUGUGCUAAACGAUGUGGAAAAUGAUUUUCUGCUGAGUCUGAUACCCAACUCCAAACGUUUCUUUAUUGGUGGCUAUAAUGUUGAUGAACAGAACUGGUUUUGGUCUGAUGGAUCUCCAUUUGGUUAUACAAACUGGUGCUCAGGAGAGCCUAACAACAUGAAUACGGAGCACUGCUUGGAGAUUAACUGGACCGCAAACCGUUGUUGGAACAACUUGCCUUGUUCAGUUGAACUAGGCUAUAUCUGUGCCAAGAACCUAAAUGAUUGCUCUUAAUUUAAGUGUUCAUCUUGUUCAAUCACAAGGCUAAAUAUGCCAAUUAAGAUGCUGUUCUCAUCACCUGCUUGAAUCAAUAAAUCAAAGCAAAUCA